AUCGAUCCCCGCGCCACCUCGACGCGCCAUGAACGCCAUCGUCGCCCUCCCGACCCUCACCGUCGCCCCCCGCGCGCGUCUCGCGCGCGAGGGCUCCGUCGCGAAGCCCGCCGCCCGCGCGGCCCCCGUCGCGGUCGCCGCGCAGAAGCAGGAGUCUUCCUCCGUCGCCGUCGCGUCCGAGUCCCGCGCGGUCAACCUCGCCGCGCUCUCCGCGGCGACCGCCCUCGCCCUCGCGUCCCCCGCGCACGCGGGCGACCUCUUCAGCGCGGAGUACUCCGGCCUCCUCGGCGGGUUCUCGCUCGGCAUCGGCCUCGGCGUCGGCGCCAUCUCCGCGCUGCUCCUUCCGAUCAUCUGCGGCACGCUGAACCCGGUCCAGAUGGCGAUCAACCUCGGCGUCGUCGAGGGCGAGGUCUCGAACCUGCGGAAGUUCAAGAACAACGGCGAGCCGAUGGAGCACGGGACGAAGUUUGGACACAAGUGGUACAACACGGACGCGUACUGCAACGGGAAGUACAUCGACUUCGCGGGGACGAAGAAGACGAUGUCGGCGAUGGAGAAGUCGAAGUGAGCGCGCGGCGUGUGGUAACCGUUUAUGUGUGUGCGUCACGUGACGUCGCGUGAAGGAAGGAAGGAAGGAGGGGAGGAAGGAAGCGGCGAGCGAGCGAUGUGACGAAUGUACGAGAGAGAAGCCGUCUCGUCCUC